UUAUUCUACAAACAGUGCAUCUCCUCCACAGAACUCUAUAAUGGUCACUUAAACGUCAUGUAGUUGCCGACAAAUCCAUUUAUUACGACGACAAAACUAAUUAAAGACUCCCCAAGACUUUUCUCUCUCCUCUGCAGUUAAAGUUUGGUUUCACGGGAUUGUUGGAUACUUGGAUUGAAGGAAGAAACCAGUAAUGGUGUGUUUCAGUUUCAAUGAGAUGAAUACGAAGAAGACUCUGAUUGAACUUGGAUUAGGACAGAUCAUCUCUCUUCUCUUUACAUUUCUUGCGUUUUCAGCGUCUGAGGUCACCAGACAAGGGAUAAACGCUCCAACAACACAGUCGUUCAUGGGUUAUCUUUCACUUGCAAUCGUCUAUGGAGGUAUCAUGCUGUAUCGAAGACCCGCAAUCAAAGUCAGUAAUGUGAAGUGGUAUAACUAUUUUCUCCUUGCUUUCGUUGAUGUGGAAGUAAACUUUCUCGUGGUGAAGGCUUAUCAGUACACAUCAUUGACAAGUGUCAUGCUACUGGACUGCUGGGCGAUCCCUUGCGUUUUGGUCUUGACUUGGGUUUUCCUGAAAACAAAAUACAGACUGAUGAAGAUCAGUGGUGUGGUUAUCUGUAUUGUUGGUGUUCUCAUGGUAGUCUUCUCAGACGUCCAUGCAGGGGAUCGAGCUGGUGGAAGUAAUCCUGUUAAAGGAGAUCUUCUUGUUCUAGCCGGAACAACCUUGUCUGCUGCCUGUGAUGUCAGCGAGGAGUUCCUUGUGAAGAAUACAGACAUGACUGAGGUAUUGGCCUUUUUUGGAAUUUUUGGCACAAUUGUUGCUGCGGUACAGAUAAGCAUAUUGGAACGUAGUGUGCUCAAAGAGAUUCACUGGUCAACUGAGACGAUUUUACUUUACCUUGGAGUCGCUCUUGCGUUAUUUCUCCUUUAUUCAUUAGUCGCAGUCUUAAUUCAGACCAAUGGUGCAACAAUUUACAACCUCUCGUUGCUCACAUCAGACAUGUGGGCUGUUUUGAUCCGCACUUUUGGUUACCACGAGAAGGUUGAUUGGCUCUACUUGUUGGCAUUUGCUACUACAGCUAUUGGACUGCUCAUAUACUCAAUGAAGGAGAAAGAUGAAGAGAAACAAAGAAGUGGGGAAGUGGUAAGUGAGCAGAGAAAGUUUCUCGAUGAGGAGGAUGGUGAGUCACUUCGCAGCAGCCUUAUAGUUGCUUCCACCUGAAACCUAACUCUGUACCUAUAGCUAAUCAAUGCCCUCAGGGUUUUAUGUAUUUAUGUCAUUGGCUGUGAGAUAUAAUAUUAUUUUUCCCGGGAAGAAACUUUGACAAGUUUGUAUAUUUCUCUCCCAAGAUUUGGUAAUUGCAAAGCAAAAUAUGGCUUUAAAUAUUUGAUGCAGAUA